UAAACUUUUCUACCAACUUCGCGUCCUAAUCCUCCACCACCGCUUCACCCUCCACUAUUUAAACCACUAACAACGCCAAACCAAAGUUGUCUUUAACCAACAACGACACCGCACGUCAAGUCAACAAGUUCUUGGUUUUGGAUUCUGCGAGAGCUUUCAUCCGCCGUCGCAGCUGAAAAACAGGUGUUCGUGGACUCGUAGUUCUUUUUCGUUUCGAUUGUCUUUGGGGCUCGAUUUUGCACAGUUUCGGUGAAGAAAAGCCACUGGAACAGGAAGAAAAGACGACGUUACGUUGCAAAUAUAGGGAGUCGUCGUUUGCGUUUUAAAACUGGAUCAAGACGCUUUCUUCAAACUAAUCUCUCAUAUACAUACCUACGUACAUACAUACACACAAAAUUCACACAAACACUCACUUGAGUACUCGGAAUUAGUUACCUUAAGCAAGAAUGAAUGCCGGUGAGUUGUUGGCUCAAACGUUGUCUCCGGACGUAAACGUCCGUACACAGGCCGAACAACAGCUGGAGAAUGCUGCUCGUACGGAUUUUGCACAGUAUAUGACGCUUCUUGCGUAUGAACUUGCGAACGAGAAUGCUCUGCCUUACAUCCGUAUGGCAGCUGGUCUGGCACUGAAAAAUGCAAUUACAGCUCGUGAUGCUACUCGAAAGAUGGAAUACCAACAGAUGUGGCAGGCUCUUUCGUUUGAAAUCAAGCAAGAGAUCAAAAACUGCUCCUUGAAGACUCUUGCAGCUCCUGAACACCAGGCCGGACAGUCUGCAGCUCAGCUUGUGGCAGCUAUUGCUUCCUAUGAGCUUGCCACAAACCAAUGGCAGGAGCUUAUGAUGACUCUUGUCCAAAACCUGGGUGAAGGACAGCCUGCUGCCCUGAAAACACAUUCCCUUCAGGCCAUUGGCUACAUUUGCGAAGCCGUGCAGCCUGACGUGCUGGCCACACAGUCGAAUGCCAUUUUGACCGCUGUUGUGGCGGGUGCUCGUAAGGAGGAGCCCGAUACCAAUGUGCGUAUCGCUGCUCUUGGCGCUUUGUACGACUCACUGGAGUUUGUCAAGACAAACUUUGGCAAUGAAGCUGAGCGCAACUACAUCAUGCAGGUUGUGUGCGAAGCUACCCAGUCUACUGAGUCCUUGGUUCAAGUGGCUGCCUAUGGCUGUUUGGUAAAGAUCAUGCACUUGUACUACGACUAUAUGCCUUUCUACAUGGAGAAGGCUUUGUUCGCGUUGACAACACAAGGCAUGUACCAAGCGAAUGAGCAAGUUGCUCUUCAAGCUAUCGAAUUUUGGAGCACCGUGUGUGAAGAAGAAAUCGAUGUUAAUUUGGAGUUGCAAGAAGCUGAAGAGUUGGGUGGAGUGCCUACUCGCAAAUGUCACAACUUUGCCAGAGCAGCUUUGGGUGAUGUCUUGCCUGUGCUCUUGCAGCUUCUUACUAAGCAAGACGAAGAUGCCGAUGAGGAUGACUGGAAUAUUUCUAUGGCUGCUGCCACUUGUCUUCAAUUGUUUGCACAAGUUGUGGGCGAUGAUAUGGUUAACCCAGUGUUGUCAUUCGUCGAACAAAACAUUCAAAGUGCUGACUGGCACCAACGUGAAGCUGCAGUCAUGGCCUUUGGUUCGGUGCUUGAGGGACCGAACCCUGCCAUGAUGACGCCUCUUGUCAACCAAGCACUGCCUGUGCUCAUUCAAAUGAUGAACGAUCCCGUUUUGCAUGUUAAAGAUACCACGGCUUGGGCGCUGGGCCAAAUUUCCAGCUUUGUCGCCGAUGCCAUUAUUCCCGAAGUCCACCUUCCCAACCUUGUUUCCGCCUUGCUCUCUGGUUUGGCCGACAAUCCUCGCAUUGUUGCCAACUGCUGCUGGGCACUUAUGAAUCUUGUGUGUCACUUUGCUCCUGCUGACACGCAGCAAACAUCGCUCAUGACUCCGUUCUAUGAAGCCAUGAUUGCCGCCCUUUUACACAUCACUGAGCAAAAGGGCAAUGAAAACAACUCCCGCACAUCUGCUUACGAAACACUUUCUACAGUUAUUACCUUCAGCUCUAAUGGUGUACUUCCCAUGAUCUCUAAUGUGCUUAACAUUAUUCUUGCUCGCCUGGAGGGAGCUCUUCAAAUGCAAUCUCAACUUCUCGGUGUUGAAGAUCGCACUAAUCAUGAGGAACUGCAGUCUAACUUGUGCAACACGCUGACCAGCAUUAUUCGUCGUUUUGGUAUCGAGAUUCGUUCUUCUUCUGAUCAUAUUAUGACCCUGUUGUUACAGACCAUGCAAAUGGCUCCUAAGCAAUCUGUUGUGCAUGAGGAUGUUUUCUUGGCUGUAGGUGCUCUUAUGAACGCUCUUGAUGACCAAUUUGAGGUAUACACGCAGUCUUUCGUUCCAUUCUUGUGCGAGGCUUUGAGUAACGAACAGGAGUACCAAUUGUGUUCUGUUGCUGUUGGUCUUGUUGGCGAUCUGGCUCGUGCUCUGAACGAGAAGAUUGCCCCAUACUGCGACGAUUUUAUGAGCCGUUUGGUUCAAGACUUGCAAAGCACUGUGCUUGAUCGCAACGUCAAGCCUGCUAUUCUUUCAUGCUUCAGUGACAUUGCUUUGGCGAUUGGCACUGGCUUUGAAAAGUAUCUUGAGACUGUAAUGUUGCUGCUUCAACAAGCUUCUGCAGUACAAGUUCCUGCCGGUGCUGGUUUUGAUAUGUUCGAUUAUGUUGAUGCCUUGCGGUUGGGAAUUGUUGAGGCCUACGUCGGUAUCACACAAGCUGUUCGCUCAGGUCACCAUGUGAAUGCUAUUCAUCCUUAUGUCCAUGGAAUGUUUGGUUUAUUGAGCACUAUCACUGCUGACAACGAGAGCAGCGAGAGCCUUGUGCGCGGUGGUCUUGGUCUGUUGGGCGAUUUGGCUGAGUCAUUCCCCAAAGGUGAGCUUAAAUCGUUCUUCGCCGCCGAUUGGGUACAACAACUCAUCAGCAUUGGCAAAGCUAAGUCCACAUCACAACAAACCAAGGAUCUUGCUCGGUGGGCCGCUGAGCAGGUCAAACGUCAGGCGAGAGCUUGAGCACAUUCGAGUGCACGAGACACAGGUGUGUUUCAACCUCGUUAGCUCAUGUCUGGCGAUUAUUAAAAGAAUAGAGUUGUCUAAUGUGAAUUCAUUUAUGAAGAGGA